CGUGUUUUGGUUUGGUUUUUUGGUCUGUUGUUGUUUGGUCGUACCACCAUUGUUUUGGAGUGCCGAGAGCGAGUGAACAUCAUCCCUCGCUGGUGGUGGCGGCAGAGACGAGAGAAAACAACGAGGCCCUUGAUGUCGGAGAUGAACGCUGUCUGAUUGCUUGACUUGUCCUUUUAUUUGAUACCGUCACUCAGUCGUCAACACCGCAAAUCAGACAUCUGCGGCCGACGCUCCUUUUCCUUUGGAUCACUGAUCCUUGAUCCCCGUCGUCUCUCCGUUAUUUGCGUUCAUACCCACCUGCUUCACCCGCUCGCCUGCAAUGGGCCCCCCGAAGACGAGGGGCCUCACGGCGCCGCAGAACCGCAGUCGCUUUCACGAGGGUUCCAUGAAUGACCGCGUGUCCGCCGUGCCGCCAGACUCCUUCCUUGGUCCUGGGGAGAUUGAAUCGCUGGAGAGACCACUCGAGUUGGAACUGGAGCAGCAUCAGUUAAAUCUACGAAACGCUCGCCGGUCACAAGAUACCCAGCGUCAGCUUCAGCUAUGGCUGUCUCAAGCUCCAAGCAUUGCACCAAGUGUCGCUCCAAGUGUCGCUCCGAGCACUAGCACGUCUUCUCCGUCGAAAAAGGGCAUGCUGGGCAAAGUCUGGGAUGGCGUUCGAGGUCGGCUCCAGCUCAAAAAAGAAGCCCCCUCCCCUGAACAGCCAAAGAAGAAGGCCGAUUCCCCGCCCAAGAAGCCCGCAACAGCAAAUAUUUACGACGACAGGCCCACUAGAGAAGAGGCCUUGGCGAGUUAUCAUUUGCUGGUUGAGUCGGGCUUCUUCACUUCUCAUGCCAUUCAGUCUACCCGACAGCCUCCUCCGCCCGGUUUUGCAAAGCGACCAGCAACCAGCGCCAGCCAUCAGAUGCUUUCUGUCCCGACGAAUUUGUCAACGCCGCCGCGAGGACGACAGGCUCUUCAAGCUCCCCCUCCAUUGCCUCCGCCUCCGAAAUUUCCUCUCAACACUACCCCUAAAACACCUAAAACGCCCCGGAGUACUAGGAGUAAUAGGACGUCUUUGGGCGCCAUGACCCCGGCGAGUGCUGAUUCGAGAGGCACUAAACGGACUGUAAAUGAAAGCACCAACAACAACGAUAUCCUGAUCCACCAGGACGAGAGGGAUGAUAGGGAUGAGAGGAGCAAGCCCACCGAAGUUCCUAGAGAAGCGCGCAAGAAGAUCCGUAAGAGUACUUCUAAAGAUUUCACUAUUCCCGUUCUUCGUACCGUUAAAUCAACGCGGAAACUCGUGGCUAGCCGAUCAAAUCGUCGAAAAAGCCAAGGCAACGCCGGUCUCACGCCUGUGGUGAUCCAUCACUAUCAUAGCCACAGCGCAUCAAGUCGAGACUCCAAGCAUAGCAAGCGAUCUUCUCACUUGCUGUGCGCAGCGCCAUCAUCUGCGGGCUCAUCACCCCGAAGCUCCAUUGACUCUACUUCAUCGUGGAGAGAGAGUGGUGACAGCGUCUAUAGUGUUCGGGCCAUUGGUCCUGGUUCCAAGAGCUCUCGAGCCCUGAGACCGAGAAAGCCUGCGGCCAAGGCUGGCGCUGCUGGCAAGGCUGAUGCUGAUGCAGCGGAGGCUCUCAAAGUGGUUCCCAAUGCAAACCGAGGAAUCCCCGGUGUUCCAAGCAUUCCCGCCAAGUAUGCCUUUGGAGAAGAUCGAGAAAAUGGACAGGCCUGGCGAGGGCUGAGACGGUGAAGACUUCUAUUCGCAUUAACUACUAUUACUGGACUUUUGUUGCGGGCGUUGUCGGAACCACAUUUUUUUCAUCUCAAAACUUGCUUGUUCUUGAAUCAUCCGGGAUUCAAUAUUUAACGAAUUUUCUUUCUCUCUAUCACGAGAUAUGAUAUGAAUUUUUAUCGAACUCUUUUUUUUUCACAUAUACCCCAUCCGUUCGGAGGGCGACCAGAAAAUCUCUAGAAAACAACAAAAAAAA